GUCCUUUUUGCCAACAGAAACCAGAGCCUUUGCCAGCUACCGUCAGGGAUCAAUAUGCCCAUCACUCAGUUCUCCAUUCCGGAUCCAUACAGCUACCUGAAUGGUUUCAAUUCAUACCACGAAUCUGAAGCCGUAAAAGGCGCUCUACCAACUGCACAAAACUCGCCACAAAAACCACCAUAUGGUCUCUACGCCGAAAAACUCUCAGGCACAGCUUUCACUGCACCCCGACACGAGAAUAAACAGACAUGGCUGUACCGUAUCUUACCGUCAGCGGCUCAUGCAAACUAUCAGGCCCUUUCCGAGGAUACAUAUCAUACUUCCCUGAAUUUCAAGAGCGAUGGUCAGAAUAAAUUACAUUAUAUCCCGAAUCAAUUACGCUGGAACCCCUUUGACCUAGACGAAAAAGUUGAUUGGGUCCAUGGUCUACAUCUUGUCGCUGCCGCUGGUAAUCCCACCACAAAGUCCGGAUUAGGGAUAUUAUUGUACGCUGCCGGAAAAGAUAUGGGUAACGAAGCGAUUUAUUCGGCGGAUGGUGACUUUUUAAUCGUGCCUCAGCAUGGUGUUUUGGAUAUACAGACUGAGUUUGGGAAGAUCAUUGUGAGGCCGAAUGAGAUUUGUGUUAUUCCGAGGGGUGUCAAAUAUCGAGUAAAGCUCCCAUCUGGUCCGGUCAGGGGAUAUAUCUGUGAACUUUAUCAAGGACAUUUCGAGCUCCCCGAACUAGGACCCAUUGGGUCCAACGGUUUAGCCAAUUCUCGAGACUUCCAAGCUCCCGUAGCAGCCUUUGACGACGACGAAGGAAAUCCAACAGACUACACAGUCAUCAGCAAAUUCAACAACAACCUCUUCUCCGCCAAACUCAACCACACCCCGUUCGACGUCGUGGCCUGGCACGGGAACUACUACCCUUUCAAAUACGAUCUCGGCCGCUUCAACACGAUCGGCUCAAUCUCCUACGACCACCCCGACCCAUCCAUCUUCACUGUUCUAACUGGUCAAUCUGAUCACCCGGGAACAGCUAUUGCAGAUUUUGUCAUUUUCCCUCCUCGCUGGCUUGUCGCCGAGAACACUUUUAGACCACCUUGGUAUCAUCGGAAUGUCAUGUCUGAGUUCAUGGGGUUGAUUGCUGGUGAUUAUGAUGCGAAGAUUGGUGGUGGGUUCAGACCUGCUGGUGCCAGUUUGCAUAAUAUUAUGAGUGCGCAUGGUCCUGAUGCGAAUGCGCAUGAGAAGGCUAGUAGUGUGGACUUGAGACCGCAGAAGAUGGGAGAGGGGAGUAUGGCGUUUAUGUUUGAGAGUACUUUCAUGGUAGGAGUGUCGGAAUGGGGCCUCAAGUCGUGUGAGAAGGUGCAGGAGGAUUACAACGCGGAGAGCUGGGAACCUUUAAAGAGGCAUUUUGUCAAUCCAGAGAAGAAAGGCAUUCCUUCUGGUUGAGGGGGCUCCAAUAGCACUUGCUACUAGUUCUACCCAUCAGUGAUUAGAUUUGCUGUGUCUGAUGCUACACAGUUCUGUAUGCUAUAUGAUAUGUGAGCAGGCAAUGAAUCUUCACUUGGUUGUCUAGACACGUGGAACUAGGUCAAGUCAUUACCAUCAACUUCAUGCAGAUCUGAAAACUUCUCACUCGACAUAUUCGUAAUUAUCGAGCUCAGCACCAAUGGAGACCGGUCUUGCUUGAUGAUAAAUUCUCUAUAGAUCCUUCAUCAUCUUGAUUGCCGCUAGAUUCGAUACCAAUAGAAGAGAAG